AUGAAUGUGCCUGAGAGGAAACUAUAUGAGCUAUCAGAAGCAAGAAGGGUUUUGCUUGCAAGUCUGGAAUCAAAUCUGAAAGAUCUGCAACAAGCACAGGCUUUUGCGUCUAGCCAACCAAGCUCUAUGACUGCAAGCAAAGUAGAUGAGCUAACCAAGAAAAGAGAGAUUCUGGCUGAAAAGCUGGAAGAAAAUCUAAAGGAUCUGCAACAGGCACAGGAUUUUGUAGCAGGCCAGAAUGGAAAAGAGAGAUCAAAUGGCAGCAAAAUGGCACAUUUAGAGACAAAAAAACUCCUGCCAGAAAGACAACUAUUAAGUAGUAAAAGUGCACAACUGGAUCAUACUCUUUCAGCACUCCUGCCUCAAGACCAAAACACUAAAAAUGACAUGGAACAGAUAGCAUUAAGAAAACGUCUCCUGCUUGCAAAUCUGCCUUCGGCUUUUCCAAAUAUACCUCCACUGCCAAAUCCACCACCACUCCAAUUAAGCCUCACUGAGAAUGAAAUACAAGAAUUAUUAGACAAAAAAAGGCACCUGCUUACAAGUCAAAAAUUCAAUCUGGACUAUCUAUCACAAGCAAAGGCUCUUGCACAGAUCCAGUUACAACAAAACAACAUCAUUGCCCCGGACAAAAAAGGAGCGGGACUCGCGCUUAAAGCAGCUCCUUACGGAAGCGGCGCUGACCCCUGCAGCUCCGGCACCGAGCACAUCCGCACCGGGCAGAAGCUCUUCAUCAGCACCGGAGACGACCGGUACCGCCAGAACACCGCGUCACCAGUCUCCGGCGCAGAAGCCAGCCCGGCACCGCUCCCUUUCGCCGAAGGCGAAGAAGUUGAAGGCUCCUGUGGCUGCGACUACAGCACCGCAGUCUGA